GGGUAUCUAAUCAAAGUCACAAGAUUAAAUGUUCGUGAUCGAAGCAGGUUAAACUUUAAUUUAAAAUAGAAAUUAAAGUAGAUACAAUUAAGUUGUUUUGAAUCCAAUUAUCUAUAUCGGUCGAAAAGUUCAGUAUAAUAAUGGGUACUUUGGCGUACGUACAAAAUGUUGUUUAUCUUACUACGCUUUCUGUGAUCGUUUUGAUUGGUCUGUAUUACGUCUUGACAGGAAGAGGACAAAGAAUUGACUUUGCAUGGGUUUUAGAAGGAAUAUCUCCAUAUCUCUGGUGUGGACUCGGUAUAGGAUUUGCAAUAUCACUCUCAGUUGUUGGUGCAGCUUCGGGAAUUUACACAACAGGUGUGAGUAUUGUUGGUGGAGGAGUCAAAGCUCCACGCAUUCGUACUAAAAACCUGGUCAGCAUAAUUUUCUGUGAAGCUGUAGCCAUCUAUGGCAUUAUCAUGGCUAUUGUACUUGUGAACCAGUUGGAGAGUUAUGACAUCAAGAAAAGUGAAAUUGAUAUUGACAUGAAGGCUAGGAACUACAUGUCUGGAUAUAUCAUGUUUGGUGCUGGUAUGACUGUGGGGUUAUCUAAUCUUUUUUGUGGACUGUCAGUGGGUAUUGUUGGAUCUGGAGCUGCUUUAGCUGAUGCUGCUAACCCUGUUCUCUUUGUAAAAAUUCUGAUUGUGGAGAUUUUUGCAAGUGCAAUAGGAUUGUUUGGUCUUAUUGUUGCCAUCAUUAUGACUUCACAGGCUAAGAUGGGAAAGUAAGGCAUGAAAAAACAUCUCUAUGUAUGCUAGCUGCUUAAAACCAUUCCAGUCUCAUAAAUUGUGUAUCAAGCAUGUUUGAAUAUAUGUAAAUGUGUGUAGGAUCCAUUUAUUUAUGCUGCUGUUUCUUAUGAAACAGACUUAGGUGUUGUGUAGGUACCUAUUUGAAAUUGUAUGUAUGAAAGUUGUUUUCAUAAAUACUUGCAGGAUAAUUUUUGUGGUAACAAAUUUUUUGUUGAUGGAGUUUACCGAUCUCCAUUAACAUGCGAUGACUUCAUAUUACAGCCUGUGGAUUACAUCAUUUGUCCACUGGCUGCUACACUGAUUAAAUGUAUUUAUUUCCCUUGUUCAUAGCUAUAAUGUAAUAUUGAUAAUGAUAUAGGACUACAUUUGUAUAAGAGAGAGAGUGUUGGGUUUUUCAAUCAUGAGUUGCUGUUAAAAAAUCCAGUUUGGUUAUCCUUGCCAACUUUCAGGUAAAUGAUCUAAUUUUAAACUGUUAAAGAAUCCACUUUGGCUAACCUUGUCAACUUUUAGUUAGCUGUUAAAGAAUCCACUAUGGCUAACCUUGUCAACUUUUAGUUAGCUGUUAAAGAAUCCACUUUGGCUAACCUUAUCAACUUUCAGGUAAAUGAUCUAAUUUUAAACUGUUAAAGAAUCCACUUUGGCUAACCUUGUCAACUUUUAGUUAGCUGUUAAAGAAUCCAGUUUGGCCAAUUUUUAAGUAAAUGAUCUAGUGUUAAAAUACAUGUUUUUAAGGUUUAAAUUUUAAUAAAAUGAUUCUUGGAAAACAUACAAUUGGAAAUUAGGGGACAUUAUUUUAUAACUUUCUAGUAUAACCAUGGAAAUAUAAACACAUAAUGGGUUGAAAGAAGACUAUGGUAUAGAUGAUAUUUGUACAGAAAUGUGGUUAAAGUUACGAAGAAUAAUUCUAGACGACAAAUUUUAAUUUAUUUGUGGCUCAAAAUUGUGUAAUUCUAAAAUGUAACAUGUGAUAAAACAUUAAAAUUUACUUAAAUUCAGAUACACUUAAUGAUCUAUUAAAUAGUUGUCUUACAUCUACUGAAUACACAGUUAAUAUUAAAUUAUCAGUAUAUAUGUACUUUUACCUAAUGUUUCUUGGUUUUCAUAUUUCAUGUUAAAUUUGUAAAUCAUGUGUUUUGAAACCUUUCAUUCUUAAGGUUUCAAGCAUAGGCUGCUGUAACCACUUCAGUAAUUUUUUUUCCUCUGUUGUUAUUAUUUGAAAUAAUAAAAUUACCUAGUUAAUACUUGA